GCAACGAAUCUUGACUGCCAUCUUCCUCAUUUUUCUGCUCAGACACAACAGAUAUGGCCCCAAACAUCCGUGAGCGCACCUACAUCAUGGUCAAGCCCGAUGGUGUUGACCGUGGUCUUGUUGGCGAGAUCACCGCCCGCUUUGAGAGGCGUGGUUUCAAGCUCAUCGCCGCCAAGCUCGUCUCCCCCGCUAAACAACAUCUCGAGAAGCACUAUGAGGACCUCAGCGAGAAGCCCUUCUUCCCUGGUUUGAUCCAAUACAUGCUCUCUGGUCCUGUCUUUGCCAUGGUCUGGGAGGGCUUGGAUGCUGUGAAAACUGGCCGUGCCAUGUUGGGCGCCACCAACCCCCUUCAGUCAGGCCCUGGCACGAUCCGUGGCGACUACGCCCUUGCCGUUGGCCGUAACAUCUGCCAUGGCUCUGAUUCUGUCGAGAACGCCGAAAAAGAGAUUGCUCUCUGGUUCCCGGAGGGUCUUGUCCAAUAUUCGCGCUCCAUUGAGCCAAAGGUCUACGAGUUUUAGACGUGUACAAAAGGAUAGCAAUAAGAAUUGCCAAAUGUUGUAAACUAGAUACCGUUUCGACUGCAAUGUGGAAACUAGCUCCUACAGUAGCAUUAGAGAAUUAGAACCAGCGUUCUCGCGACAACUGAGAUGCAAACCAU